UGCAAUUGAUUGCUCUUAUAUCUAUAUUUUCUGUGGUUCGAAAUGGUUCUUCUACAAGUGAAACGCGGCGACGAAGUCCUCUUCUUGUUCGAAACAAGUGUCAAGGAGAAGACGGAUGUCGUCCUGCGAGAUCUGGUGGCCCUCCACAAUGGCCAACUGAAGAUCCAGCGUGUCUGCAUGGAGAUCGAGGAGCUGGCCGAGCAUGGCACCAUGCUACCAGGUGAAAUGUUGGGCUUGAAUGAGGAGCAGAGGGAGGAGCUCAAGCUGAAGGAUGUUUAUUCGGACAAGUGCAUUCCGUCGGGCGGUUUUACUAUCAACAAGGACCCGCUCCUUCGUCGCAAUGGACAGCAGCCAACUGAGGCGAUGCAGAAAGUCCUAACUGGUGCUAUAGCCGAUGCCAAGGCCAUGGUGGAUAGGCGCCUGGCCAAAUCCUCGAAGACCUUGACCCUUAAGAUCAUUGAGGAGGCUUUAAACCUCUUGCGUGGUGCCGUGACCAUCGUUUACCCCAUGCAAUUGCCGCCCCACGACACCAUUCGCAUGGAGUUCACCAACACCGAGGAUCUGACUGGCACCCAGGCCUCCAAGGAGGUUAUCGAGCCCUCCAAGGCGCAAUUCUGGUUUGCAGGACGCCAGAUGCUGAUGGGGAAGGUCAUGAGCGAGUAUUUGGGUCUCAACGACAAGACAAAGGUGGUGGUCAAGCUAAAUCAACUGGGUGAUGGUCCACCGGCACGCGAAGCUGUGAUUUCCGAUCCCAUGCGCAAGGAGAUGAUGGCCGCAGCCUUUCGCCGCCAGGAGGAACUAAAAGUAAGUACCUCGUUUUGUAGAGAGAAUUCCAAAUAGUGUUUUA